AUGUCAACUAUUGUUUUUAUAUAUUCCUUUAUUACUGUCAUAGUCUGUUACUCAAAUAUUUGCCUAAAUUUGAUCCUUUUAUUAGCAAUUUUCUGCUCUAAAAGAGUCACUUUCAAAUCUGAAUUGUCUCUUUUCUAUACAAGAUUUGCUGCAGAUAUUGGAUACAGUAUUUCUAUUAGUAAUUUCAAAUUGUACAUUUUGGCGGUUAUGAUUUCGGAAAUAUUUGCCGUUAAAAAUUUCAUUUUCAUCACACUAUGGCUUACUAUUAUAUUUGGAAUCAUUCGAACAAGUCUAUUAUUUUUAACUACUUUGGAUCGAGUCAUUUCUCUAUUCUUCCCUUUCUUCUAUUGCGCAAACCGUAGCAAACUUCCACUAUUUGCCAUUUUUAUUCUAAUUUUUUCCUUGAUAAUUUUCGAUCAAAUUAUCAUGUUCGGAUAUUGUGGGAAUACUAUUGAUACUCCCAUGAACUGCGACCAUUUCCGUUGUUCUUUCAAUGAGUGCUACAGUAUUUAUUGGGUAGAGCACGAAAAAAUUGUAUUCAGUAUGAUCGUCGUUUUGACAGUAUUGCAAUUAGGGAAACUUGUUGUUUACACUGUUCUUGCACAGAACCAAUCGGCUCAAGUUUAUUCAAGAGCUACCCAAAUAGCUAUGCUUGACUCAACAACUCUUAUUUUAUUCAAUCUUGUUCCGGUCAUGUCUACUUUUUGGUUUGAAUCAGCUGAUUAUGAAACGUAUUCGUCGUUUGCAACUCUCUCUAGAAAUCUUGGAUUUUUAAUCAACACAUUGAUCAUUUUUCGAAUAUUCAUGAGAGAUAAAAAUAAUACAGUGACAGCAUUAACAUCACCCAAUUCUUAA